AUGCCCCGUUUUUAUAUUGAAACUGAUUUAGCUGUCGAAACUACGGUUGAACUCACUGAAACAGUAUUUCAUCAUUGGGUCAAAGUAUUGCGUGCACAAGUGGGUGAAAAAGCCACCUUGUUCAAUGGACAAGGGGGUGAAUAUGAAGUGACUUUAACAGCGGUCGCUAAAAAAUCUGCUUCUGUUUUAGUCAAUUCAUUUAAUCCAGAUAACCGCACCCCUGCUUUUACAGCCCUACUUGGACAAGUCAUGAGUAAGGGCGAUCGUAUGGAUUAUGCGAUUCAAAAAGCUGUGGAAUUGGGCAUAUCUCAGAUUCAAUUGCUCACAUCAGAACGCUGUGAAAUGCGUUUAAAAUAUGAUCGAGAUCAAAAGAAAUUAGAUCAUUGGCAAGCUAUAGCGAUCGCAGCUUGUGAACAAUGUGGUAUGAAUCUUGUUCCACAAAUUUUAGCGCCUCUAAGCCUAAACGAAUGGAUCAAAACUGUAUUACCGCAGAGCAAAUUUGUCCUUGCGCCUGAAAAAGAGCAGACAGAUGUACUGAAAGAUAUAAGCCCUGAUAUUGCCCUUUUGAUUGGCCCUGAAGGUGGCUUAAAUGAAGCUGAAAUUGAUCAGGCCAACCAAUAUGGAUUUAAAAAUUGGUGCAUCGGUGAUCUUGCUCCGUUAAACCUACACAUUCUAAAAAUAGCAGAGGUGCAAGCGCUAAUGAAUGAUGUUCAGGAAGAGCUUCUUUCAUAUGAUGUGAAUUCGUCGAACAUCAGAAAGAUAACCAAAGAUAUCCGGAUAUUUUUUAUCUGGACCUGA